AUGGCUCCGACGUCGCCCAAGUCUCCAACCAAAUCCGGCUCCGAAACCCCGAGCCCAAACUCCAAAGAGAUCCGGUACCGCGGUGUCCGCAAGAGGCCCUGGGGCCGCUACGCCGCCGAGAUCAGAGAUCCCGGGAAGAAGACGCGCGUCUGGCUCGGGACCUUUGACACUGCCGAGGAGGCAGCGCGUGCGUAUGACAAGGCGGCGCGUGAGUUCCGCGGGGCCAAGGCGAAGACCAACUUCCCCACCCCCGCUGAGCUCCAGCUCGAGGCCGCCGCCAACAUCAACAGCCACAACAACAACAACGCGACGAAGGCUGCCGCGGCAAACAACAGCCCCAGCCAGAGCAGCACCGUGGAGUCCUCGUCCCCGCCUCCGCCUCCGCUGGACCUCGCUCUAGCGCCCCAUUUCGCUGCCGCCGGCGGAUACUUCACCGCCGCGAGUGGCUUCCGCGCGGUCCCCGUGGCGCGUCCUGUGCUCUUCUUCGACGCCUUCGCACGUGCGGAGAACGCGGCCGCCCUCCAGCGCGCCCGCGAAAUGUGCAGGUUCGAGCGUGCGGUUGCGGCUCCCUCCUCCGGCGGGGCCCACAGCGACUCGUCCUCGUCCUCGGUGGUGGAUUUCGAUCGCAGCCUUCCCAACGGACGGCUCGAUCUCGACCUCAACCUCCCUCCCCCAUCGGAAGUCGCCUGA